AUGGCUGAAACGCCGGGUACUGCUGCGCAAGAUCGCCUCAGUCAACUGUUUGCUUUUCUUUCUAAACCGGCCCCUCCAGUUCCUGGUCAGCGUCACUUCUCUGAGGUAGAACUUGAGAAGAAGGAAGCCGAAGAUCAGCGAUCGUGGAGCAUCCCUUCGACUGCACAGUAUCCCCGUCAGGUCAAGUCACCACAGAAUCCCGCGAGGAACGUUGAUUGCCUCACGAGCUCUGACGAAGAAGACGACUAUGUCUCAGCCUUUAAACCUAAGGUUUCGAUGAAGAAUCCUGAGAGGCCGCACCCGCGCAAAAUGCCUGAACACAAGACAUGUGGCGAGGUCAAGAAGUCCCUUGUCGAAGGCGAAGGGCCCAUUCAAUAUAUUGCGAAGGGCAAGGUGUCAUCAAAGUUCAAAGCAACGGACGGCGAGUCGAAGGACGGUGCAUCAGACGAGUGUGAGGACAGUUUGCCAGUUUCAGAUACACGAGGACACCCUGCCACCGAUCAUUUCUGCCAGUUCUCCCUCGCAGCAAAAUUCCCGUACAAGUACAUGAAUGACAGCAACGACAGAGUUUCGAGACGCUUCUUCGCGGCCAACAAGUUCUACGAGAGGACAUGGGAUCUCUACUAUCUUGACCCACCGUAUUCGCUGAGUUCGAAGCCUAUAUUGCUGGUUCCUCACGCACAGUUCAAACAACUCGUCGAUGAGAUCAGUGAAACCUUCAAGGUACCGGUGUCAGUGCCCGGGUAUCCAUUCACUCUCACCUUCUACGACGACGGCACCCCUCAGCCAAAGUUGCUCGGUACAUCUAAGUCGAGAGCAAAGGCCGGGGAACUUCAGGACUUUAUCCCUCCAGCGUCUGCGGAUCAUGGCGAAUGUUCCGACAGUGCAGCACCCGACGUCAAAAAGAACUUUGACGCUUUCCGAGAGAGAUGCCGAGAUGCCCUAGCCGCGAACAAGAAAAAGAAUCACAUUGUCAAGAAGAAGAAAGAAGAGGAUCGUCUGCUCACCAUUCGAGAUUGGUAUUCCCAGUUGAGGAGAUGUCAAAGAUAUCUCGGCUUACGCCCGAAAGCAGGGGUAGUCGAGCAUCCAGAUCCAAACAUGCCAUGGUCUGAACAAGAGCAGUUCCGUCGGCAACAACUCAAGAAGGCACGCAUAGUUCUGGAUCCGCUGGAUGUCCAUCUUCCAGCGCCAUAUCCAAUCGAGAAAGAGCCGGUCAUCAUCUCGAUCGACAUCGAAUCGUACGAACGAGAUCACAAAAUCAUCACUGAGAUUGGAGUCAGUACCCUGGACACUCUUGAUCUUGUGAAGCUUCCCCCCGGUCAAGGUGGCAAGAUUUGGACCAGCCAGAUCCGCUCCCGACACUUCAGGAUUCAGGGCCGGGAACACUUUGUCAAUCGAGAUUUCUGCAUUGGAAAUCCCGACGCAUUCCAGUUUGGGCGAUCAGAGUUCGUCGCACUUGGUGAAGCUGCUGCCAAAGUCGACAGCUGUUUUGAAUGGCCAUUCUCUGUACAAUUCAAGCAUCCAGGCUCGUCCGAUACCUGGACUUCAGCGCCAACCAGCCCAACGGGCGAACAGCUCGACUCCAAAGAGCGCUCUUCGGGAUCGGAUGGCGUGAGCAUCGGACCAUCAAAUAGCGAGCAGGCUGAAGCCAAUCGAGCAGCGAUGGCGAGUGUUUUGGAGGGGAUUAGCGAUCCGGACGCCAUCAAACUUGCUCUCGAUCUUGCCGAGAAGAAUCGACCAGAUCCGAACAUCCUUCAACAAGGCCCCAAGGAGCGCAACAUUAUCCUUCUCGGCCAUGACAUCCGAAGUGAUCUCGAGUACUUGCGAACCUUGGGCAGCAAGAUUUUUGGACCUUCCCGAGGGACCUACCCUGUUGCAGCAAUGGAAGUGCUAGGUUCUGACGAAGCCCCUCUGAAGAUUUUAGCUUCUAUCCUCGAGGCUUUGGAUACCGCCCCUUUGUACCGCGUACUCAAGCAAGAGACCCAACCCCGCAGCUUGUCGUCAAUUCUAGACGACCUUGGUAUUCCCUGCUAUUUCCCACACAAUGGCGGCAACGAUGCCCGAUACACGAUGGAAGCGUUGAUUGCGAUGGUCGUCAAGGCCAGAUUGGAGGAGGACACUCUACAGAAGGAAGACGAAGAUGUCGCAAUGGGGAGUAUGGGACUACCAUUGGACGAUCCGGCGCAAGAUGGAGCAAACGACCCCGUCGAUGUGCCAACAGAAUCUGCCGGACGUGGACCAUCGGCGACCACUUCGAGGUCAGGUAAUGCGCGAGCCGUCUUUGCCACGAGCCUUCCUACCAAGCAUGAACUCGAUGACUUUGAAGCCGCCAUUCUAGCUGACUCGGGCUCCGAGGCAACGCCUCCUCGACAGGUGGACUUGGAAAUUGCGGCUCUUACCGAGCGGCUGAAGCUGGAUCCUAGCUUGGAUGAAGAAGAACCAAAGCGCCGCUUUCGGGGUGGUCGAGAUGGUGGUGAGUAA